AUGAGCACGUUGUUUCGUACGAUGAUGUUACCAGUGUUUUGUAUUCUUACCGUUUCGAUGACAUAUUAUGCAUCUAUCGAUGCACUGCAAAUACUUGCAAUAGAAAAUGUUGCUGGUAAGAGUCAUUGGAAUUUUAUGAGUGCUGUUCUCCGAUCUUUGACGGACAUCGGUCAUAAUGUUACCGUGUUCACUCCAUUUCUCGAUGGCAAUCGGGACAACUAUACAGAAGUCUACUUAAAUAUACCAUCGGUAGUCGAAAUUAAUGUUGAAGAAACGUUGAACACAUUUGGGAAACCUACUGUGAUGAUACCUGAACUCAUGAACAUGAGUCGAUCCUUUUGCAAUAUUGCUUAUGAACAACAGGAUAUGCGAGAGAUCUUAUACGGUGGUAAAUCAAAUUAUGAUAUUAUUUUCACUGAAGUAGUGUCAUCGGAAUGUGUAUCAUAUAUAGCUUCCAAGCUGAAAUUGCCACUGAUAUACUUAAUUCCUUCGCCAAUGAUAACCCACAUCGAGCAUACUAUAUUGGGAGAAGGAUCAAAUCCAGCGACAGUAUCCCAUCUGAUGGCUCAUAACGCGGUACCUAGAACAUUUGCUCAACGAUUUUUAAACGUCGUCUUUUUAGGUUUUAGUUUAUUGGCAUUAAAAUAUAAAGAAAUGGAACUGAAAAAAAUUGAUUCACAACCAUAUGAUCUGGUAGAACCUAUAAAACCGACGUUAGUGUUCAUGAACACACAUUAUAUUACCUAUGCACCAAGUUCUAUGCCUGCAAGUUUAAUACAAGUUGGAGGGAUACAUCUGAAAACACCAAAAAGCAUACCAAAUGAUAUACUGGAGUUCAUUGAGAACUCACCACAUGGAGUAAUUUAUUUUACGUUUGGCUCAGUCGUAUCAAUGUCAACUUUACCAGACCAUAUUCAGAACGCAUUUAAAGAAGCUUUAGCACAAGUACCUCAAAGGGUAUUAUGGAAAUACGAAGGAGAAAUGAAAGAUAAACCAAUAAAUGUAAUGACAAGUAAAUGGUUUCCUCAGCGUGAUAUACUCAUGCAUCCAAAUGUAAAAUUAUUCAUUAGUCACGGAGGUAUAUUUGGUGUAUACGAAGCUGUAGACGCAGGCGUUCCUGUUCUUGGAUUCCCUCUCUUCUACGAUCAACCUAGGAAUAUUGAUAACUUAGUUGAAGCAGGAAUGGGGAUUUCUAUGGAUCUGUUAACAUUACAAAAAGAUGAAUUGAUAAAAAAUAUUUUAGAACUCAUUAAUAAUGAAAAAUACAUGCAAAAUGCUAAAAUAGUUUCUGAUAGAUUUAAAGACCGACCGAUGUCACCAGCAGAAUCAGUUGUUUACUGGACAGAGUACGUAAUUCGACAUAAAGGUGCACCACAUUUAAAAUCUCAAGCAUUUAAUUUGACGUGGUAUCAAUACUUUUUAUUGGAUGUUAUUUUUGUUGUAUUAUUUUUUAUUUCCUUUGCUAUUUUCAUUACUUACAACCUUUUUAAAGUUAUUUAUUACUACUUUUUACAAUAUUCACAACCUAUCAAACCUAAGUUAGAAUAA